AUAUUCCUAAUAGCUUAAAAUAAGAGCGUGCGCGGUUGAAGGUCACUAAAACACAAAAGGGGCUUUUUUGGCGCUGCGGUCCAAUAUAGCGCAUGCGCAGUGCGAGAGGACUGCUUCUAUGCAGACUGCAAUAUGGCGAGAAUGUCUGACAGCGGAGACACGGAGCACACCAGCUGGGGGGACGAUGAGGACAUCCAGGAGGUACAGAUCACCGGGGAGGAGGAGGAGGACCUGGACUGGGUUUCAGGCAGUACAGUGGAAGUCCUCAGCAGGAGUGUGGACGAGGGGGAGUGCAGCAGCCCCCCCGCAGUGACAGACUCUCACCUGGCCACUCAUUUCCCGCGCUCUGAGCGGAACAAGCUGAGUGAGAACACCCGCCUGGCGACCCGCUACGCUGUCCGGAUUUUCAGGGAAUACCUGAGCGAGAAGGCUCAGAGUCCGGACUUUGAAAGUCUAUCCAAGGAGGACCUGUGCGCGCUGCUGCGCUCCUUCUACGCGGAAGCACGCUCCAAAAGUGGCCAGCUGUACAGCAAGUCCUCCCUCAUUAGCAUCCGCAGCUCUCUAAACCGAUACCUCAACGACCCGCCCUACUGCCGAACCCUGGACCUCACCAAGGACCCGGAGCUGCGCAACGCCAACUUGACCCUGGCGGCGGUCAUCCGGCGUCUGGAGGAGCAGGGGGCGGGGCCGGUAGUCCAGAAGCAAGCCAUUACUCGCUCGGACCUGCGCAGACUGUACGAGUCGUCAAUGUUCGACGUGGACACGCCGUUUGGACUCCUGAACAAGGUCUGGUUCGAGACCUGCAUGUACUUCUGCACCAGGGGCAGAGAGAACCAGAGGGAGCUGCAGGAGGACUCCUUCGGUCUGGCCGCGGACGAGCACGGCCGGAAGUUCGUCUACUUCAAAGCCCUGGGACCCUACCACAAGUCCCGUCACCCCAGGAGAAAACCCGAGGCGGAUGGCGUCACCCUGCCGCGAAUGUACGAGACGUGUACGGAUCUCUGCCCGUACGCCAGCUUCGUCCGGUACCUCUCCAAACGGAACCCCCUGUGUCGGGCCUUCUUCCAGAGGCCCCGGGAUCAUUGCUGCACCUCGGAGGUCACGUGGUUCGAGAACAAGGCCAUCGGCAAGAACCUGCUGGGUACGCGCAUGCAGAUGCUGUCUCGUGCGGCCAAGCUGUCCAAGACCUACACCAAUCACUGCAUAGGAGCCGUGGCCAUAGCAACGCUCGACGGCGUCGUGGGCGCUGCGACCGCAGCGAGCUGCGUUGCCACAGAGACGCGACAGGGUCACGUGGAGCCCAGUAGACUCCUUCCCUCUCCUCACCCGAAAAGACGCGCACCGUCUCCUCUGGAGGGUAGUCAGAGACAUGCGCAGCACACUGUCCUCUCCACAGUCAAACAGGACAUUCCUCCAGAAGGAUUUGGGCUUCUCCAGGAUGGCGGAGGUGACGGCAGUGAGACGCCGGCUCCCUAUGUGCCCCCGCUGUGUUCGACCGGCAUCCCCGCCGCCGCCCAGCUCACCAAAACCAACGCACCCGUCCACAUUGACGUCGGAGGUCACAUGUACACCAGCAGCCUGGCCACACUCACCAGGUACUCCGAGUCACGGAUCGGACGCCUGUUCGACGGAAGCGAGCCCAUCGUGUUAGACAGUCUGAAGCAGCACUACUUCAUCGAUCGGGACGGCGCAAUGUUCCGGUACAUCCUCAACUUCCUGCGUACCUCCAAGCUUCUCCUGCCGGAUGACUUCAAAGAGUACGAGCUGCUCUACGAGGAGGCCUCCUUUUUCCAGCUGGUUCCCUUGCAGGCAGAACUACGGCACUGGCGAGCAGAGCGGGAACGAGAGAGCGCUUUGCAGCCGUGGGAGUGUGUCACGGUUCAGGUAGCCCAAGACCUGGCCGAGAGGAUCAGCGUAAGUGGCCUCCACUCCACCAUCGAGGAGGUCUUCCCGGAGGUCACUAAGAACGGGUGCGAGUCCCAAUACGGCAGACGGGAGCGUGACUCCAAGCACGUUAUCCGCUUUCCGCUCAGUGACUACUGCCACAUCAACUCUGUCCAGGUGUUGGAGCGACUACAGCAAAGAGGCUUCUGCAUCAUGUGCGGCUCGUGUGGCGGCGGCGUGGACUCCCCCUCUCACUUCAGUGAGUACGUGCUCCAGAGGGCGGGGCUAGGUGGCCGGCACCCACUCUUGCGAGUCAAACACGAAGAGCUGGAGCCAACUCCGCCUGACAGGAAGUGAGGAUGGCAGUCAUGUGACAUGACGAUGACAACGAUGAUGAUGAUGAUGAUUAAAAGGAAAGAAAAUGUCCCCAACAUGCGGACAGUGGGCGGGGUCAGCGUGCCAUCAGGAGUGUUGAUUACGUCCGUCCAGCCAGCAGCUGCAGGACCAGCUCCUCGUCCUCAGCCAGAGACAGUCCCGUGUCCAGCGUUGUGUGUUCCUCAUCCUGCUGCCUCACCUUCUUCUUCACAGCUGGGAGCUGCUCCUCUUCCUCACUGCUGCUGCUGUCACCGCUGUGGCUCCGUUUAGCGGGCCGAGCUUUAUCCUCAUCUUCGACCUCAUCGUCUGAGCGGUGUCUGUCAGGAUCCGGCAGGGUGCUAGGGUCAAACUCGUCCUCGCUGUCAUUGGCCAGGUACGCCACCACCUCAUCCUCUUCAUCAGACUCGGGUUCUGGCUUCUUGCUGGCUUCCCUCUUGGCCGCCUUGGCCUUCAACUUUUGCUCACGAUGUUUGGCCUUGAUUUUGCGGCUGUACUCCUGCUUGUCAAACUCCUGGUCUUCUCUCUUCAGACGCUGCUUGGCUUUCUCCAAGUUGAUCCCUGAGACCUCCUCUUCCUCUUCCUGCUGUUCCUCCUGGCCUGUGGCUGAGCGCUGCACUGGAGGCCAAAGCUGCCUGGCUUCUCCUUCCUCUGUGAACGCCACUUUUGUGUUGACCUUGAAGUUCCUCUUGAGGAUCUUCUUGGCCUCUUUAAACUUUGUGGUUUUUUGAUUUUUCUUGGUGGGGCUGUUGGUGGACUCCGGUCUCUCCUGGUCCUCCUCCAGGCUGAACACGUCCUUUCUUUUGACUGUCAGGAAGUCUAAGUCUCUGAGGUCGUCCUCAUCGGCAUCUUCACCCAAGAGCGUUUUGGCCUGACCCUCGUCAUCUACCUCCUCAUCCUCAUCCUCCUCCUCAUCAUCACUUCCUUCAGCAUCCUCUUCAGAAUCAGACUCCUCCUUGUUUGGAACACCUCCUCUCAGCUGGGCUUUGAAACUGCGGAGCUCCUCAUCCUCCUCAAACUGCUCCGCUUUCUCCGCCCUCUGUGCCUGAGCUUUGUUCAGGAAACGCACACGCGGCGCCACCGCUAGGCCCAGAGACAGCGCAUAUUCGUGAAGCUGGAGUUUGAAGAUGUCAAACACCUCUUUGUUCCUCAUCAGGAAGACGGAGCGCAGGUAGGAGACGAAACAUCGCUGGGCACGCUCCUUCUGCUCCUUCUCCUGGGCCAGGAAGGCCUCCAGCUUCUGCUGAACAUUCUGAAGCUUCUCUGGAUUCACCUGGAAACAAUCAAUCCCCAUGAAACCACACGUCUCUCUGUCCAACCAUGCCCUUCUCCUCUGAGGGGAGGAGCAGAAGCAGCGCCUCUCCGCCCUCCUUGUACCUGGCUGUGCGUCCCACUCUGUGGAUGUAGGUGUCAGCGUCUUCGGGACAGUCGUACUGCAGCACCCAGUUGACAGCAGGAAAGUCCAGGCCUCUGGCAGCGAUGUCGGUGGCAAACAGCACGGCGCUCUUCUUUCGGAUGAAGUCGUUGUAGACCUCCACCCUCUUCAUCUGCUGCUGCUUACCAUGGAGGGCCAGAAUCGGCAUGCCCGGUCGGAGACGGCAGAAGAUUCGAAAUAGGUACUGCACCUCCUUGCAGCACGCGAAAAAGACAAUGACCUUCUUUUUCAGGUGGCUUCGAAUGAAGGAGUAGAGCAUGUUGACCUUGGUGUGGAGCUCACACACCACGUAGCUCUGCUCCAGGGUGGCUGGGGUGCUGAACUUUGCCUUCUCGUGGACCCACACGUACUCCGGGUCCUUCAAGCUGAGCCGAGCCAGGUCUUUGAUGGACUUGGUCUGCGUGGCUGAGAAGAGCAGCGUCUGGCGGGUCUUGGGAAGGUUCUCCACGAUGGCAUUCAGUGUGUCUGCAAAGCCCAUGUCCAGGAUGCGGUCGGCUUCGUCCAGCACCAGCAUGUGCAGGUUGGAGGCGUGGAAGGUGGCCGUCUCGUCCAUGUGCUGGAGAAGCCGCCCUGGGGUGCAGAUGACGAUGUUGGUGUGGUGGAUCUUCUCCGACUCGCCCUUCAGCUCCUUCCCACCUAUGAUGAGCCCUGCGGAGAAGUCAUGGUUCUUGCCCACCUUACGAAGCACCACAAAUGUCUGGUAGGCCAGCUCCCUUGUGGGGGAGAUGAUGAGGGCACCCAGGCCGUCCAAGGAGCUCCAUUGCUGGCGGUACAGACACUCCAACACAGGUAUUAAAAAGGCUAAAGUCUUUCCAGAGCCCGUUUUGGCGGCGCCGAGAAUGUCCUUGCCCUGCAGGGCGAGGCCGAUGGUCUGUCUCUGGAUCUCCGUGGGCUGCCUGUACUGCCACUCCUGCAGACCAAGCAGGGUCUUCUUGGAAAUGGGAAAAUCUGAGAACUUAAUGACAUCUUUGGUGUUUAUGUCACUGUACUUGCUCACAAGCUUGUCUAUGUUCUCUCGCUCGACCUGCCAGUCUGGCUUUUUCUUCUGCCGUCGUUCCUGUUUAACGCGAGAUUUCGUGAUGUUGUAUUUCUUCUUCCAUUUCUCGAAGCUUUCGAUGGGAUCUGCCGUGUCUGACACAUCUACCGAUUUUGGUUUAUUCCCGUAAGAACCUUUUUUCUCCAUUUUUAAACAUACGGGCUGCUAAAAAAAAAGUCAAGUCGACUGUGUUGAUCAGCAUGGCAAACACGAUCCGAAGUGAUGACAUCAUCAA